AUGUAUCUCAAGUCAAGUAUGAUAUCCCAUCGGUUCCCAUUCGAUAUCGAUGGACAUUGUUCCCGGUGGAUCUUGGUACUUGGAAAUAACAUCGCGCUAUGGAUGCUAAUGCUUUCUUGUACAAAGGAUGACUUGAAAGACCUGAAAUUCACCGAAGGCAUCUCGUGCACAUCGUCGUAUGCUUAUCGUAUCACUGAAGAUAUUCUACAGUUUCUGAUGAAGAGUUUCUGGACCGUACGGAAGGUAAAGGAACCAGAGAAGAAGAUUGCUGAGGUGACGAACAAGAUGGGAUACACUGACGACGACUUCACGAAUGCUUUCGCCUCUCCGCCCGACGAGAAUGACCCUGGGGCCUUUGAAAAUAAGCCUGACCCGGAUGAUGAUCUCUCGACCCACAUGCAAGUCCCCUUCCCUAGGGAGUGA